UUAGAGAACAUUUCUACUUCCGGUGCCGCCGGAAGCAAUUUUGCGAUGGCAACUUCUGCGGACGAGCCUGGGAAAGCAGCUCGAAAAAGUGACUCUCAAAAGCCGAAGCAGAAGCGCGAGAACCAAGAUGAGGCGGAACUCCUCACUGUCCCUGAUGGUUGGAAGGAACCGGCUUUCUCCAAAGAGGACAAUCCCAGAGGGCUCUUGGAGGAAAGCAGCUUUGCGACCUUGUUCCCGAAAUACAGAGAGGCUUACCUGAAGGAGUGCUGGCCUCUGGUGCAGAAAGCCUUGAACGAGCAUCAUGUUAAAGCAACGCUGGACUUGAUCGAGGGUAGCAUGACUGUGUGUACGACCAAGAAGACUUUUGACCCGUACAUCAUUGUCAGGGCCAGAGACCUCAUAAAGCUCCUGGCGAGAAGUGUUUCCUUUGAACAGGCAGUACGGAUACUUCAGGAUGAUGUUGCCUGUGACAUCAUUAAAAUUGGUUCUCUGGUGAGAAAUAAAGAGAGAUUUGUGAAAAGAAGACAGCGCCUUAUUGGUCCCAAAGGAUCUACACUGAAGGCGUUGGAACUCCUAACAAACUGUUACGUCAUGGUGCAGGGGAAUACUGUUUCAGCCAUUGGGCCUUUCAGUGGCCUGAAGGAGGUUCGAAAAGUUGUCCUUGAUACCAUGAAGAACAUCCAUCCAAUUUAUAAUAUUAAAACCUUGAUGAUUAAACGGGAGUUGGCCAAAGAUUCCGAGUUACGAACCCAGAGUUGGGAAAGAUUUUUGCCACAGUUCAAGCACAAAAAUGUGAACAAACGCAGGGAACCGAAGAAGAAGAGUGUUAAGAAGGAGUACACACCAUUCCCUCCUCCGCAGCCGGAAAGUCAGAUUGAUAAAGAGUUGGCUAGCGGUGAGUACUUUCUGAAGGCGAAACAGAAGAAGCGGCAGAAGAUGGAAGCAAUCAAGGUCAAGCAAGCAGAAGCUCUUACGAAGAGGCAGGAGGAAAGAAACAAGGCGUUCAUUCCACCUAAAGAAAAGCCGGCUGUGAAGCCAAAGGAAGCUCCUGCUGAAACUAAGAUUGAUGUGGCGGCUAUUAAGGAAAAGGUUAAGAAAGCAAAGGGCAAGAAACUGGGAGCUCUUACAGCAGAGGAAGUUAAGCUUAAGAUGGAGGCUGACGAAAAGAAACAGAAGAGAAAAAAGUAACACUGGAAAAAAACCUGGAACUGAACUUUGAAAGGCGUUUCCUUUUGUAAAGGAUUUUGAGACGGCUUUCUCUGCCUUACCUGGCUGUGGUCAUGCUCAGGAAGUCAUGACCAGAGUGGUGCCUGUUCAUGGACAGUCUUUGUAAAUACGUUCAUAUGUAUUCUGAAGUUUCUGCGAGACGAUAACUACCCAUGUACAUUGUGCCCAAUCAGUCCAGACAUUUUAGGAAUACCUCUUUUAUAUAGAUUUUUGGAACAAGAUUAUUGAUUAAAUCCAAUGUCUUUUGCCAUUGGUUAGUCUUUAUAAACAUACCCAAAGCGUUUGGUUUUGAGGAAAAUAAAUGCAAGAUUUCCACUGCUA